CGUGAAUGAUUGACAGCCAAAGGGAAAAGAACGCCUUAUCUUAUCUCUGAAAACAUGCAAAUAUUUCAAACCUCUGCAUGUCACCGUCAGAGGGAAGAGAGGAGAGGAAGGGAAGUAACCAUUUUCCAAGAGGGAGGUGCUAUGAAGUCGGAACCGUGUCAAAGUUACUGUACUUAGGAACACUGACAGAAGUUAUGAGGGUCUUCUGCUGACAUAUGGAACAAGAGGAGGAAGAGACAAACAGAGAAGACAGUCGAUGAAUGUCACCCUGAGGCUGUGAAGACUUCUAUGCUGUUGAGAAGAGGCCCAGAUGCUCCAGGAUGGAUCAGGCACUUACCAGCCAGAGCUCAACUUCGGAACUGCUCGAAUCAGACAAUGAGGAGCUCCAGCUCAGAGUGGAUUUCUUCAGGAAACUGGGUUACACCGCAGCGGAGGUGAAGGCUGCUCUGGAGAAGCUGGGCCUAAGCACAGACACAAACUCGGUGCUGGGAGAGCUGGUUCGGAGCAGGACUAGCACUGCGCCGUCCGUGCCUGGUUCUGACAGUGAUGAGAGGAGCAUUGGACAAAAGGAUCCUCUGCUGCCUCCCAGUUGGGGCCUUGGAUCCUGCAGGAUCACACCACAACACAAGGACCGAAAGAAUGCAGACACAGAAUUGCGGCCUAUUGUUAUUGACGGUAGCAAUGUUGCCAUGAGUCACGGAAACAAGGAAGUCUUUUCAUGCCGUGGCAUCCAGCUAGCAGUGAACUUCUUCUUGGAUAGAGGUCAUAACACAAUUACUGUGUUUGUUCCUACUUGGCGUAAAGAGCAACCAAGACCUGAUGCCCCCAUAACAGAUCAACACAUCCUCACGGAGCUUGAGAAAAAGAAAAUAGUGGUCUUCACUCCAUCGCGCCGUGUUGGCGGUAAACGAGUGGUUUGCUAUGAUGACCGCUUUAUUGUCAAGUUGGCACACGAGUCAGAGGGAGUGAUCAUAUCCAAUGACACAUACCGUGACCUCCAAGGAGAAAGACCUGAGUGGAAGAAAUGCAUCGAGGGGAGGCUCCUUAUGUACUCCUUUGUGAAUGACAAAUUCAUGCCCCCAGAUGACCCUCUAGGUCGCCAUGGCCCCAGUCUUGACAACUUCCUUAGGAAAAAGCCUCUGCCUACAGAGCAAAAGAGACAGCUCUGUCCAUAUGACAAAAAGUGCACUUACGGCAUCAAAUGCAAGUUCUACCAUCCGGAGCGGGGAAACCAGUCUUACCUGUCCUUGGCUGAUGAAUUACGAGAGAAAGCCCAGAUUUCUACUAUGAAAGAAGAAAGAAAUGCCAGAUUAUCACCCAAACAUCUUCAAUCUGAUCCUGGGCCUGCUCACAAUGCCCGUUCCCAUCCUCAGGACUCUAAAACAGCGUAUAUAAGACACCAGGAAAGCUCUUCACAUCCUGGUCAGGUUAGUGAAAAUGUACUGCUGUACUGGGAGGAUCCUAGAAAAAGUCCAAAUCAUAUGCCCUGUUCUGUAGCAGGAAGCCAGUGUCAGAAAGAGUGGCCUGGGAUGCACCCCAUGCAGAAUCAUUACUAUGCCAACAUGUCUCACGAGUACAUAGAUUCUGGCCUUGGCUCUUAUGAGAGCCAGUACUCUGAUUUUUCACAUUGCCUAAGGAACUCCCACAUGCUCAGGCCCCAGCAGCAAAGUGGACCGAGACAUGCCUCAGUGCAUUUAGAGAAAAAUAACACCAGCCAGCCCUGCAGUUGCUGUUCCCGUCUAGCUCCCUCCACAGCUCAUCAGCAACAUCGAGAAAACCUGGACGCCAAGGGUCAACCCAAAUACAACACCUACCCUCAGCAGAUGUACCCACCUUGUGUGCCACACCAAAACAGCCUCCCGAGCCAUCCCCAUUAUAGCGGACCACCACAUCAGCAAAAUUACUGGUCAGAUCCAUUCCAGGGGCUGCCCCAAGCCAGGUCAUGUAGUCUCCCCUCUUCGGUACAUACCUCACAGUCUCACAACUCUUGCUGCUCUGGCCAGCAGUACCAUUCCUGGGGCCAACAACAGUCAUCCUCAUCCGUGGCUUUUGAUCCACAACGAUUGGAACUCCGCAAGAAACUGCAAGCCAUCUUCAACCCGCAUCAGGUGGAUACAGUUAUGGAAAUGUUUCCACAUCUAAUGGAUGCAGAGAAACUGGCUGCAAAGAUCCUCAACCUGAAGGCUCAAAGAGGGAUAUUCUGAUGAUUUGUCUGAUGAUUUUACUCACCUGUGUCCUUUUCAGUCAGAACUAACAUGAUACUUGUGUCGAGACUUAGCAGGCAAUCUCUUGAGAUUCUUUAUAGUGUCUAUCAUUGAGUACAAAGAUGUUACAUUCUUUCUAACGUGGCAUUAUGUAAGUGCAUUUUGCCUUCUUGUUUAUGAAAAGUUUCGCUCUUUUCUGAGUUCAAUGCAUUUGUAUGACAUUGUAGUCAAAUGUGACCUUGUCGUCCAUGUUUUGGAUAAAAGCUGCCUCUAGACCAAAAAUAAUUAUGACUGAGUUUCUAGAGUUUUGAUUGUUGAUGCAUAUUGUGUCAAAUAUGAUAUACAUUUAUUCUUUGUCCGAAACAAUAAGUUCUCCUGCAAAAAGAAAUCACUGUAUAAAGUAUUACUUAUUCUUAUAAUGCCGCUGUAAUUCUCUAGAACAGCUUGCUGUUUGUAUUAUCUCUGUGAGGUGUAGCUAUAGUAUUUUUUCCAACAUACAGGAUUUACAGUUAAUUCUAAUAGAACACGGAAACUGAGAAAUAGGUGUUGGCAAUAGCGAAAGGAAUUUUCUGAUGAAAGGGUGGUGACACCCUUUUCUUGUAAACCAGCAUCAGUUUCACAAAACCGUUUUCAGAAGUAUUGCUGUAACACCACACGUGUGUGCAUGUGUGUGUGUGUGUGUGUUUGAAUUACUGUGCGAAAAGUGACAAUAAAAAUGUGGAACUUAGUUCUCAUGAACUUGCAGAUUAAUGUUCUCUUAGAAAAUCAUUUUGCAAAUGUAUACUGUAAGAUAAAUUCAUAGUAAGCAUGUGAAAAGUCAUGUUACUAAAAAUAAAAUAAAGAAAUGUGUUAGAUA